AUUGCGUCUCUCUUUUCCGGUCCAAGAAGACACAAGAUUGCUUGUAGUUGGGUUGAGUACAAUAUUUAUUAAUUAAAAACUCGUUAGAAAUGGCCGUGGGCGAUCUUAAGACUGACCAGGGUGUCAAGGACUUGAACAUCUAUCUCGCAGAACGCAGUUACAUCGAAGGAUAUCAACCAACUCAGGCUGAUGUAGCAGUCUUUGAAGCUCUUGGGAAAGCGCCAAACUCUUCGAACCCACACGCUCUCAGGUGGUACAAUCACAUCAAAUCGUACGAUCUGAAGAAAUUGCCUGGGGAAAAGAAGGCUUCCAUUUUGGGAAGUGGAACUGCUCCAGCAGCAGCAGCAGGAGGAAAACCGGCCGCCGAAGAGGAAGACGAUGUCGAUCUCUUCGGUUCGGACGAGGAGGAAGACGCCGAGGCAGCGAAAAUCAGAGAGGAGAGACUGAAGGCAUACGCCGAAAAGAAAUCGAAGAAACCGGCCCUCAUUGCCAAGUCGAGUAUUGUCAUCGACGUCAAGCCCUGGGGAGAUGAGACCAAUAUGGAAGAAAUGGAGAAGGCAGUCAGAUCCAUCGAGAUGGACGGCUUAGUUUGGGGUGCCUGUAAGUUUUCAAAAAUCAUUAAUCACACCAAGAAUAACUAA